GGCCCCGACGUGAUCCUCAACCAACUGCUGAGCGACUUUGAGACGGACGGGAAGGACUUUGAGGCGGACUCGUGGAGCCUGGCCGUGGACAACAGCUACCUGCAGCAGCACAAGAUGGACGUCAUGAAGCGCCAGGACGUCAUCUAUGAGCUGAUCCAGACGGAGAUCCACCACGUGCGCACGCUGAAGAUCAUGGCCAGCCUGUUCCGCACGGCCAUGCUGGAGGACCUGCAGGUGGACCCGGCCGUGGUGCAGAGGAUCUUCCCGUGCGUGGACGAGCUGAGCCAGCUCCACGAGCGCUUCCUGGCGCAGCUCCUGGAGCGCCGCAGGGACUCCCUGGCCCACGACAGCAACAAGAACUUCGUCAUCAAUCGCCUGGGGGACAUCCUCGUCAACCAGUUUUCGGGUGCCAGCGCGGAGCUGCUGAAGAAAGCCUACUCUGAGUUCUGCAGCAAGCACACCAAAGCUGUCAAGGAGUACAAGGACCUGCUGGCCCGUGACAAGCGCUUCCAGCAGUUCAUCCGGAGGAUGACGCGGUCCCCGCUGCUGCGGCGUCACGGGGUGCCCGAGUGCAUUUUGCUGGUGACACAGAGGAUCACCAAGUACCCGGUGCUCAUCGAGCGCAUCCUGAAGAACUCCAAAGACAACGAGGGGGACUCUGCGGACCUGUCGCGGGCGCUGAAGCUGGUGAAGGAGCUGAUCUCGUCCAUCAACGAGGAGGUGCACACGUGCGAGAUGAACGCGCGGCUGUGGGACGUCUACCGGCGCGUGGACGGGCGCGCCAAGGUGCAGCUGCCCUGGGAGAGCCGCGCCGGCGUUUUCGGCAAAGAUGAGCUCCUGCGGAGGAAGCUGGUGCACAGCGGCUGCAUGCUCUGGAAAACGGCGGCCGGGCGCUUCAAAGAUGUCCUGGUGCUGCUGAUGACGGACGUCCUCAUCUUCCUGCAAGAGAAGGACCAAAAAUACACCUUCCCCAUGCUG